AAUUACGCAAGCAAUUAACGAAAUUUUCCUGCGCCAAAACUUCAAAUCCAAAAAUCUGUAUUGGUUUUACAGCAAUUAUGGCGCUGCUGGCUUUUAAUAUUCAUUUCAUAGAACUUUAAUGAAUAAAUGCACACAACUAACAAUAGAGUAGUAGUCCAUAUAUAAACAAACAUUGAACAUAAUAGUAGCUUAGAAUACAAUUAUAUACUUGCUAAAAAAAACAAGUUACACUUUCAACACAUUAUCUGAAGUAUUCAAGAGAUGCCAUUGCACAGCUUGGCGACCACCAGCAAAUCCUGCAUAAGGUCAAAGCAAAAUAGUGCGAAGAAGAAGGUAACAUAUAAACAACUAGCCUGCACAUGCUGUGUGCCCAGUGCCGACAAGGAGUAUGGAUUCCUGAAAGCGAGGGCGGAUGUUACGCCGUUUCCGGGUUUUGCGAAAAGUACAAAAAUACGCACAAUCGCCGAAAGAUUGAAGAGUGCCUCAUCGCGAGAAUUGCAGGCGUCUGAGAGCAAAUCGACAAGCUCAAGAACCAGCCAACUGUGUCACUCAUAUACAACCAACACAUCAAGCAUACAACGUCAUUCGAGUUCAGCACAGUUAACGUUUGAGAUGAAACGUAAGCUGUUCAAUGAGGGAGAGUUUACCUUAACGCGCGGCAAGAAGCUUAGUGAGCUGCAACAAUUGGAAUAUGAGCCUUUGCGGCUUUCAAGCGCAAAACAGGCGUCUUACUUUGAUUUGCUGCGUAUGAAUGAAUUCAUUCGCGCAUCGAAUCUUAGUUAUAACCCGUAGUUAUGUUGUGCACUAAUAAAAAGCACUAUUUGUGCUUUACAUCAGCAGACUGUGAUAAUCGUU